AUGAAUAAGAAAAUGAAUAAAAGGAUAUUUAGUUUAGUUUGUAUCGCCUUAUAUACCCUUUUGACUGUGUCAAUAUAUUGUUCUGAACAAAAAGUAUCUGGUGUAGGAAGUAGAAUCAUUCGUGCUAUCAAAAAAAUGAACAAACGUAAGGGAAAAAAUGGUAUAGAAUUUAAAUCCAAAACACAAUUAAAUAAUAACAAUAAUAAAAAUCCUAAAGAUAAAGACAAAAAAAACAAAAAAAGCGUUUACUACCAAAUGUCGGGUCGUUAUGGCUAUUUGGGUUGUUGCUGUUGA